UAUCGUUUCAUCUCUCUUAUUACCUUUCUGCAAAAACCUGUACGUCCAAAUUUUUUUUAUCUCCAAACCUUUUUGGGGACAGAUCAUCGUAAUUCGAAAUCCCUUUUCGCAUGGCAUUAAGUCAUUAACCGAUCGAAAUUGAGAAAACGAGAAAGCUUCACAAUGUCAACGACGACGACGAACACCACAGAAUCGGACUCAUCAUCUUCUCGCGUCGGCAGAUCAAAUUCCGACGGAAUCAUCGACACGACACCGUUUCUUCCUCCUACCACCGUAUCAAGAACCAUAAGCGUAGAUGAAGAACCCAAUCCGAUUCACCGAUCCGCUAGACGACAAGGUCUAAGAGAAGCAGCGAGGUUCCUACGUCACGCUGGUAGCCGGAGGAUGAUGCGUGAGCCGUCGAUGCUCGUUAGAGAAACCGCGGCUGAGCAACUGGAAGAGAGGCAAAGCGAUUGGGCGUAUUCUAAGCCUGUGGUGUUUCUCGACAUUUUGUGGAAUCUAGCUUUUGUUGCGAUCGGUGUCGCUGUUCUGAUUCUUAGCCGUGACGAGAGGCCUAAUGUGCCGUUGAGAGUUUGGGUUGUUGGUUAUGGGUUUCAGUGUGGUUUACAUAUGGCUUGUGUUUGUGUUGAGUAUAGGCGGAGGAGACGGCGGCGUGGGAGAGGUUUGCGUCACCGAUCUUCGUCUUCUUCUUCGGAAGAUGGUGGUCUUGGGUUUACGAAUCCGUCGCAGCAGUAUGUUUCGCUAGCUCAAUUGGAGGAUAGAAGAAGUACUACGAGUAAUCCUGCAAAGCAUCUGGAAUCAGCCAACACAAUGUUCUCAUUCUUCUGGUGGAUAAUUGGAUUCUACUGGGUAUCUGCAGGAGGCCAAACACUAUCUGCUGACUCUCCUCAGCUAUAUUGGCUUUGUAUCAUCUUUCUCGGUUUCGAUGUGUUCUUUGUUGUGUUCUGUGUUGCGCUGGCUUGUGUUAUCGGACUUGCUGUUUGCUGCUGUCUUCCAUGUAUAAUUGCAAUUCUUUAUGCUGUUGCUGACCAGGAGGGAGCAUCAAAGAACGACAUAGAGCAAAUGCCAAAAUUCAGAUUUAGAAAGAGUAGCAACGAUGAAAAGCUAUCAGGAAUAAUGACAGAAUGUGGAACGGAUUCACCUAUUGAACACUCUCUUUCUCCAGAAGACGCGGAAUGCUGCAUUUGUCUAUGUGAAUAUGAAGAUGGAGUCGAGCUAAGAGAACUCCCUUGCAACCAUCACUUUCAUUGCACUUGCAUCGAUAAAUGGCUUCAUAUAAACUCACGUUGUCCACUCUGCAAGUUUAACAUCUUGAAGAACGCAAACGAAGAAGUCUAGUAAAAUAUUUUUGUGGUUCUAGGAUCAACCCGAACCAUCCCAGAUCAGAAAGUUGCAGAUAUUUGUAAACUCUGGUUCCGUGUUUUAGUGUUGUGUUCAGAUAAUCUAUCUUCUCCUGUGAUUUUUAGUACAGUGCCUUGUGGAAAUGAGAAUUAAUCCUUGCAUUAUUGCACUGUACCUAACA